AUGACCUCUCUGGAGUAUCUCUCUUUGUGGGACAACUUUCUUACUGGAAAUUUACCAGGUUGCAUCAGCCAGCUUUCCAGACUUGAGUUUUUUCUAAUCAGUCAGAAUAAAAUGAAUGGAACAAUCCGGUCGUUGUCAUCAUUGUUUAAGAACGCAAAUCCAAUUAUGAUUAUGAUGAGUGAUAGUGGGCUGACUGUGAAAGAAGUUCAACCUCUCCUUCCACCCAACUUUCGGCCUCAGUUUUUGGACCUAAGUGUAUGUCUUUUAGGAGGAACCAUCCCAGAUUUCAUUUCUAGUAUGACUCAGUUAGCAACGUUAAGUUUAGCCUAUAACAACUUAUCAGGAACAAUUCCACCCUGGCUAUUUAAUCUACCAAAUCUCGGAUACCUGGAUCUCUCUUUCAAUAACCUCCAAGGAGUUGUCCCACCACAUAUUAAAUUACAGUCAUUCAUGGCACCGACGACAUUAAAUUUAGCAAACAACCAGCUCAAGGGAAAUAUCCCUUCCCUGAUUAAGAAUGUAGAAGUUAUAGACUUGUCUGGGAACAGUUUCACUGGCCACAUACCAUUACAACUCGGAGUUGCAAAAAUUAAAUAUUUAUCAUUAUCUGGGAACGAACGUUAUAGUCAUCAGAUCCCUUUACCUUUCUAUCAUUCUGGUAAUUUAUUGAUGCUACUUGAUCUUUCAAACAAUAGUCUGAGUGGGACAAUUCCUAAAAGUUUAGGAAAUUGCACCGCUCUCAUUUUUCUGAACCUUGGAGGGAACAACCUCAUUGGAGAGAUUCCAAGUGAACUGGAAAGGGCAAAAAAUCUGAGUUACCUUGACCUUCCUGACAACCUUUGUAAUGGUAGUUUUCCAGGUUUUAUUCAGAAAUUUCAGAGUUUGGAAGUUCUCAAGCUGGGGUUUAAUAGAUUUCAGGGAAGGAUCCCACAGUUCAUUGGAGCUCUCCAGAACCUCCAUAUUCUUGUGCUAGAGUCGAAUUUCUUCAAUGGAUCAAUUCCUUGGGAGAUAACUAAGCUGGAGAAGCUGCAAUAUGUUGACUUUUCGAGUAACAAACUUUCAGGUCCCAUCCCUGAAAACCUGAAUGGUUUGAAAAUGUUGAAAACCCGACCUCAGGAUGGCUCUAUUCUUGGUUUUGUCAUUUCAUCCAUGUUCGCUGCAGUAGAGCUAACUGUGACGAUGAAGGGAUUGUUACAACACUAUGUAAUCGUCCGCUCAUAUCACAGUGGCAUUGAUCUCUCGUACAACUGUCUGACAGGAAAUAUUCCAAUUGAAAUAGGAACUUUAGAGGGUCUCCCUAUGGUCAAUCUCUCACAUAAUUGUCUCUAUGGUGAGAUCCCAAAGAGCAUUGGAAAUAUGUCUGUUUUGGAGUCACUGGACCUGAGCUUCAACAAUUUAAGUGGGGAGAUUCCGGCAGAAAUCACGUUGCUGGAUUAUCUUUCGAUGUUCAACUUGUCAUACAACAAUUUGAGCGGGAAAAUUCCAUCGGGGCAGCAUUUCAAAACUCUGAACAUAGAUGGAUCGGCAUAUAUUGGCAAUGAGUUGCUGUGUGGAGAUCCCCUUGGAAUCAGUUGUACUGGUAAAAGCAAUUCCUCAACUCCAGAAAGUGUUGAAGUUGAAGAUGCCUGGUGGGAAAAGUUGUUUUAUGCAGUUGUAAUUUUUGGCUAUGGAGUUGGCUUCUGGGGUUUUUUUGGGAUUUUUUAUUUGAUGAAGGACAACUGA